GUGGGUCGAGCCGUUUGAACGUCUGAACGAAUGGAGUCGAUGUUGCGGUCGCCAUUAGCUGGCUGAGGAGAACGGCUCCCGCGUCUGAAGAAGACUGGGAGCGCCGUCAACUACCCCGUCGCUGGAGUUUGCUAAUACGUCGAGGUAGCCGGUAAAUAGCAGUCAGCGAGAUUUUUUUGUUUCAAGUCGAUCACCACACCCCCGGUGCCGGUGUCCGAGACAAGCAAGGCCGCCGCCGCCGGGCUCCAUUCGGACGGGUGUCGGGGCGGCGAGCUCGGCAGACGCUGAGGUGAUGUCGGAAGGGGAAAAGGCGGUGGCGGCGGCUGCGGCCGCGGCCGCGGACAAGGCAGCCGAGGCCAUGAACACCGCGGCCGAAGUGGACGACGAGGAGGAGGAGGAGAGUGAAGACGAGAGUGAGAUUCUGGAGGAGAGCCCGUGCGGCCGCUGGCAGAAACGACGAGAGGAGGUGAAUCAGCGGAAUGUUCCUGGAAUUGACAGUGCAUAUUUGGCAAUGGACACUGAAGAGGGAGUGGAAGUUGUGUGGAAUGAAGUCCAGUUCUCAGAACGAAAAAACUUCAAAUUACAAGAGGAUAAGGUUAAAGCUGUCUUUGACAAUCUCAUUCAGUUGGAGCACCUGAACAUAGUGAAAUUCCACAAAUACUGGGCAGAUGUGAAAGAAAAUAAAGCAAGAGUAAUAUUCAUAACAGAGUACAUGUCAUCAGGAAGCUUAAAACAGUUUUUGAAAAAAACAAAGAAAAACCACAAAACAAUGAAUGAAAAGGCCUGGAAGAGAUGGUGCACCCAGAUUUUGUCUGCAUUGAGCUACUUGCACUCUUGUGAUCCUCCCAUCAUCCAUGGCAAUCUGACCUGUGAUACGAUAUUCAUUCAGCAUAAUGGACUUAUAAAAAUUGGGUCUGUUGCACCAGAUACAAUUAAUAACCAUGUGAAAACCUGUAGAGAGGAACAGAAGAACCUGCACUUUUUUGCCCCAGAAUAUGGAGCUGUAACAAAUGUGACUACGGCUGUUGAUAUUUAUUCAUUUGGAAUGUGUGCAUUAGAGAUGGCAGUAUUGGAGAUCCAGGGUAAUGGAGACUCAUCCUAUGUGUCACAAGAAGCAAUCAAUAAUGCAAUUCAGUUACUUGAAGACACUCUACAAAGAGAAUUUAUUCAAAAAUGUUUGGAGGUUGAUCCUGUUAAACGUCCCACUGCCCGAGAACUACUUUUUCACCCAGCUCUAUUUGAAGUACCUUCAUUAAAGUUGUUAGCAGCACAUUGUAUUGUCAGUCAUCCUCAUAUGAUUCCUGAAAAUGCUUUGGAAGAAAUAACAAAAAACAUGGACAUGACUGCAGUUCUAGCUGAGAUUUUCCACCGUGAUGCAGAAGGGGUACAGAUCAGAUUCUCCCAGUUUCCUGCACUGGAGUUAGAUAAAUUUUUAGAGGAUGUGAGGAAUGGCAUUUAUCCUUUGACUGCAUUUGGGAUGCCCAUGCCUCAGCAGCCACAGCAGGAGGCUGUAACAUCACCCAUCAUCCCACCGUCUGUGAAAACACCUACGCCGGAACCUGCAGAACUGGAGACCAGGAAGGUUGUUCAGAUGCAAUGCAAUAUUGAGCCAGUUGAUGAAGGAGCCAAACAUCAUUUAACUCUACUCUUGAAACUGGAAGACAAGCUAAACCGACACCUCAGCUGUGAUUUGUUGCCUAAUGAGAGCUGCCAGGAGCUGGCAGCAGAACUUGUUCAGUUGGGAUUUAUCAGUGAGAUUGAUCAGAGUCGAUUAACCACCUUGCUUGAAGAUGCCUUCAGCAAAUUCUUCUAUAAUCGGAAUGGUUCCCUAUCCGAUGUCACAGUCUCUUCAUAGCUACAGAUUCAUUGUGUGGUACAACUACUUCAUCACCAGUCUUCAAUGGACGAAAGGGGAUAUCACAGGAAGCCACAGGCUCAAUUGCAUGUCGUAGUGUGGUGAUGUUGAGUUCUCCAUUUACAAAUGGUGAACAUCCCACCACUGAAAAGUUCUGUUGUCAGUAUUAUGUCCCAUCUGUGCUUCACCCUGUGACUAUCGUAUUUUAUUUAGCAGUAAGACUUGCAGAGCGCUGCCACAUUGGAAAGGCGCUUUUCUCUGUACUGAGGUAAAGGCGGGCUGGAAGUAGGGUUUGGGAUGGUGGGGGGAAGGGAAAGAGGCUGUUUAAUCUGAAUGUGGAGACUGUGAAGGAGACUGUGCGAGGUCUGCACCGAGUGAAGAAUCACUUGCUAUGUUAUUGUGAACUUUUUCAAUACAUUGUAUCGCUUUAUAUAUGCCAGUAAUGUGCAUGUUUCUUCUGUUGUAUAAUCUUUGCAAAUUUGUUUUUCAAGAUCCAGAAUGCUCGGUGAUUUUAAAUGACAGUGUUCUUACAAAUGCGUUUAAGAGGCCAUGUCUAUGAAAGUUCCCACUAUUUUUCAGUGUUGAACUUGUUUAAUGGCAUAACUUUUGUGCAUAUGAAAGUGGGGAAUGUGAUGGCCAUUAAACCAGCAAAUGAUCUAAUCUUUUUACUUCACCAGUUUAGUGUACUUGAGUGGUUAGUCAAAGUUGGAUGAAUUGUUCUGGAUCAAACAUAAAAUCAGGUGUACUGUUUUUUGCUUUAAGGUGUCUAGAAUGCCUGAUCCAGAAAUGAAAAUUUCUUUGUCAGUUAAAAGUCUUGAAGAUUCAGCUGAUACACCGGGGCUGCCUUUGUUUAAACUGAAUGCUUUAUUGAAGCCUUCCUUCCCAAUAUUCCCAAUCUCUUUCUCCUCUUCCCCUCAAAGCUGUAAAGUCUGUAAAGUUGAGCAUUGAUACCGAUAUGUACUCCAUAUUAUGUAUUACUUUGGGUUGUGCGGCUGAGGUUGUGUAAUAGUUCUGAUGGUUCUUUUGUCAUGGCACAUUUAGUAAAACAUUUGUUAGCCAUGUAUUUCUGUAAGGUCUGUUGGCCAAAGGAAGUUGAGGUGACUUGUAUUUUGUGUCUUAUAUUUUGAGCCAAAUAGUGUACAGUGAGCUAAUAAUAAGCACAAUUGGUUGUUUUGGUUUGCAAGUAUCAUGAAGGGUCAAUUCCACUUGCAAAAACCAAUUUGCCAGUAACCAUUUCUGAUUGUCUUGCAUUUUGUCAUUUUAGUUAUAGUUUUGGUAUAAGUGUGGAAUGUUUUUCAACCCUUUCUGCAUUUAGACAAUGGAAUUUUGAGAUAAAGGGAACUGAGAUUGGUAAUUGUUAUAAAGAAAAAAAAUAUUGGGCUGGGUCAGGAGAGCCUGGGUAUAAUUGGGAUCUCUAAUUUUUGGAGAAUGGCAAACCACUGUAUUGUGACAUUGUUCAAAGCCCAAACUGCAUUUAAUGCAGCAUUCACUGAAGCAAAUAUAUUGUACCGAAAAAGCAGUGUGUGACUAUUCCUUUGUUAUUCACCCUUCUGAAUUGUGCAGCAAGCUAUCUCUUUGGAGUUCAUUCAUGAAUGUUUCUCUUGA